AAAAAAUGCCGCGUUUGCCCACAACCACAACGCAGUGCCAAGGAGGUAAGGAAGAAAGAAAGGAAGGAAGUGAGAAAAGUGCUUAUUGAACUGGGAAACACUGAGCUGACUCGGAGCGAGUGAAGUGUUGCGUUGCGUGACUCGAGAGAGACAGAGAAGAUGUCUGGUGGUAUUGCUCGUGGACGUCUCACCGAAGAGCGCAAGUCGUGGCGGAAGAACCAUCCUCAUGGUUUUGUUGCGAAGCCAGAGACGCUGCCCGAUGGAACCGUUAACUUGAUGGUGUGGCAUUGCACAAUUCCUGGAAAGGCUGGGACUGAUUGGGAGGGUGGCUACUUCCCACUUACGCUGCACUUUAGUGAAGACUACCCUAGCAAACCGCCAAAGUGUAAAUUCCCACAAGGUUUCUUCCAUCCAAAUGUUUAUCCUUCCGGGACUGUGUGCCUGUCUAUACUUAACGAGGAUAGUGGGUGGAGACCUGCCAUAACAGUAAAGCAAAUUCUUGUGGGUAUCCAAGACUUGCUUGACCAGCCAAAUCCUGCUGAUCCUGCCCAGACAGAAGGCUAUCAUCUAUUCAUCCAGGAUGCAGCAGAGUACAAGAGAAGGGUCCGGCAGCAGGCAAAGCAAUACCCACCUCUUCUCUAAUGUUGCCGUCACAUCAGCUAAAUUUAUAAACUAUUUUUAUUAUGGCAGAUGCUUCAUCUUUUGUUCCGCAUUGAAUCUGUUUUUGUCAUUGUGAUUAAUGGCUGCCACAACAUGCAGACAUGAAUGUUUUAGCCAUUUAUGGUUACCCCCAGAUCAGGAAGAAGUGUUAAUAUAUAAAAAAAAAUGUGAAAGCAACCAAUGAAUACUUGUUGGAGACACGUGCCUGAUGUUUGCUGCUACUUUUUUAUAUGAAUGGAUAAUUACUAUAAUGAGUUA